ACUACUGUUCCUCUCUGGCCUCCUCACAGGGAAUAGGUGGGUGUCAGACUACAGGAGAUGAAGAGUCCAUGGCAGGUCUAUGUGGCUAUUGUGUUGAUGCCUUUCUGCUUCUUGGUCCCCAGAUCUGAUCUUUGUUUCCUCAACCAGGAGUCAUCAAGAUGCCCAUUCUGGAUAAAGUCUCCCAUAAAAUGGCAGCAAAAACUCUCAGCAGUGAGGAGGAGCCUGGGCUGCCCAAACUUCCAGUGCCCCCACUACAGCAGACCCUGGCCACUUAUCUGCGGUGCAUGCAGCACCUGGUGCCCAAGGAGCAGUUUAGGAGGAGCCAGGCCAUCGUGCGGCAGUUUGGAGCCCCUGGAGGCCUCGGCGAGACUCUGCAGCAGAAGCUCUUGGAGAGGCAGGAGAAGACAGCCAACUGGGUGUCUGAGUACUGGCUGAAUGACAUGUAUCUCAAUAACCGCCUAGCCCUGCCUGUCAACUCCAGUCCAGCUGUGAUCUUUUCCCUGCAGCACUUCCAGGACACAAAUGACCAGCUAAGGUUUGCUGCUAACCUAAUCUCUGGAGUACUCAACUACAAGGCUCUGCUGGACAGUCACUCCAUCCCCACUGACUGUGCCAAGGGCCAGCUGUCUGGGCAGCAGCUCUGUAUGAAGCAAUACUAUGGACUCUUCUCCUCCUACCGACUCCCUGGCCAUACCCAAGACACAUUGGUGUCCCAGAAGAGCAGUGUCAUGCCUGAGCCAGAACAUAUCAUUGUGUCCUGCUGCAACCAGUUCUUUGUCUUGGAUGUUGUCAUUAAUUUCCGCCGUCUCAGUGAGGGGGAUCUGUUCACUCAGUUGAGAAAGAUAGUCAAAAUGGCUUCCAACGAGGAUGAACGCUUGCCUCCCAUCGGCCUGCUGACAUCAGACGGGAGGAGCCAGUGGGCUGAGGCCAGGACAGUCCUCGUGAAAGACUCCACCAAUCGGGAUUCGCUGGACAUGAUCGAGCGCUGCAUCUGUCUGGUGUGUCUGGAUGCCCCAGGAGGCCUGGAGCUCAGUGACACCAACAGGGCACUCCAGCUCCUUCAUGGCGGAGGCUGCAGCAAGAAUGGGGCGAACCGCUGGUAUGACAAGUCCCUGCAGUUUGUGGUGGGCCGGGAUGGCACCUGCGGUGUGGUGUGUGAGCACUCCCCAUUUGAUGGCAUCGUCCUGGUGCAGUGCGUGGAACAUCUGCUCAAGCACAUGAUGAGGAACAGCAAGAAGCUAGUCCGAGCUGACUCUGUCACUGAGCUGCCAGCUCCCAGGAGGCUGAGGUGGAAAUGCUCCCCGGUAAUUCAAGGUUUCUUAGCCUCCUCAGCAGAAAAACUUCAACGAAUAGUAAAAAAUCUCGACUUCAUUGUUUAUAAGUUUGACAAUUAUGGGAAGACAUUCAUUAAGAAGCAGAAAUGCAGCCCCGAUGCCUUCAUUCAGGUGGCUCUCCAACUGGCCUUCUACAGGCUCCAUCGCAGACUCGCACCCACCUAUGAGAGCGCAUCUAUUCGCCGGUUCCAGGAGGGACGGGUGGACAACAUUCGAUCAGCCACUCCAGAGGCACUGAGCUUUGUGAAAGCUAUCACUGACCACAAGGCUGCUCUGCCGGAUUCAGAGAAACUGCUGCUUCUGAAGGAUGCCAUCCGAGCCCAGACUGAGUACACAGUCAUGGCCAUAACAGGGAUGGCUAUUGACAACCACCUGCUGGGGCUGCGGGAGUUGGCCCGAGAAAUGUGUGAGGAGCUACCUGAGAUGUUCACGGAUGAAACAUACUUGAUGAGCAAUCAAUUUGUCCUCUCCACCAGCCAGGUGCCCACCUCCAUGGAGAUGUUUUGCUGCUAUGGACCCGUGGUGCCCGAUGGGUAUGGUGCCUGCUACAACCCCCAGCCUGAAAGCAUCCUUUUCUGCAUCUCAAGCUUCCAUAACUGCAAAGAGACCUCUUCUCCCAAGUUUGUGAAAGCUGUGGAAGAAAGCCUGACUGAAAUGAAAGACCUCUGCAUUCUGCCUCAGUCUGCUUCAGGCAAGCCACUGGUGAUAAAAGAAAAAGCAACAAGUUCUAGCCAGUGCCACCAACCUUGA